CGCAAAUAUUAUGGGCAUGAUCCGGCCCGAAAAGCAUUCAAGCCCAUAACAAACCCCAGAAAAACCCUAACUUAUAACGCCGCCUCCUCCUUCUCGAUGCAUACAAAGCAAACCGAGAGGGAGAGGAAGGGAGGAAUCAGUUGCAGGAGCAGCAAUGUCGAAGCGAGGGCGUGGAGGAUCGGCAGGUAACAAGUUCAGGAUGUCACUGGGUCUUCCUGUGGCCGCUACAGUCAACUGCGCAGACAAUACUGGAGCCAAGAAUCUUUACAUCAUUUCAGUUAAGGGUAUCAAAGGUAGACUCAACAGAUUGCCUUCUGCUUGUGUUGGUGAUAUGGUUAUGGCUACUGUUAAGAAGGGUAAGCCUGAUCUUCGUAAGAAGGUUAUGCCUGCUGUUAUUGUUAGGCAACGCAAACCUUGGCGCCGAAAGGAUGGUGUUUACAUGUACUUUGAAGAUAAUGCUGGUGUCAUCGUGAAUCCAAAAGGGGAAAUGAAAGGAUCUGCUAUCACAGGCCCCAUCGGAAAGGAAUGUGCUGAUCUCUGGCCUAGAAUUGCAAGUGCCGCGAAUGCUAUCGUUUAAGAGUGUUUGGGUUCUCCGUAUCUUUUAUCUACAAGUCCUAGUGAUUUCGUGUAAUUUUGAUCAAAUAGUUUGUAUUUUGUUAGGUAAUAGUACUUGAAUCUCUUGGGUGCGUUACUUUGGAAGGAUUUAAAUAGUACUGUGCUGAAGAAGAUUUUGUUAUUUUGAUCCAAUGCUUAUGGAAUUUUAUUUAGAGGUUAA